UGAAAAAAAAAACUGGUUUUUCAUUUUGAUCCGAUUGCAAAAUAGGCAGCCCAUCGCGGAGUUCCAAAAGGUGGUAGGAACGCUUGAAAUUAAAGAGAAAUGGUAUAUAUACAAAAACAAUAUAGUUAAAUAUCGAUCAUUAGCUGAAACGCGCUUUCACGUUUAAGACAUUGAUAACCAACAAGAGCCAAUUUCUUCGAUUGUGCGGGACGUGAUAGUGCUCCAGUGAUUUUGUGAAUUACCGUUCAACGAUCCACGGACUGAGCCAGUUGAAUGAGAUUAUUUGAUUUUAGUGCCUAGGUUUUCCUCAAACAUAUUAGCAUCGAAUAAUGGCUGUGGACAACUGGUUUCAAUCGUGGGGUCCUCCACCAGGACUUGUAGGAAAUCACAACUUUUUUGUGCCAAAUCCCUCAAGAAAUUAUUCUAGUCCAAGAUACACCGAAGAACCACUCAACUUUCCUAGAGCUCCUACACGCACACCUGCAGAUAUCCUUCCAUUUAUUCUUCAACUAGGACUUGUUCAAUCACCAGGACAAUCUCCACACUCAGUUCCUCAAGGUUAUAGACUAGAAGAUUAUGGUCAACGAAGUUACGGAUCCAAUGAGAUUCUACCAGAAACAACAGGACCUUUCAGGACCACCUAUGCCUGGAAUCAGCUUGAUUUCAAAUAUCCUUCUGAAGUUGAAAAAGAAGCGGCUAUACGUUCUGGAGACUUCAUUCAAAAAAAUAAUUUACCUCUUGGAAUCGAAGUUUGGAAAGAUAGACUUUUUGUCACUAUGCCUAAAUGGAAGAAUGGUGUCCCAGCAACUUUGGCUGUUCUACCAAGAGUACCGAGAGAAACUUCUCCACAACUUGUUCCAUAUCCUAGCUGGGAGUGGCAUAGUACUGAAUCUUGCGAUGGGCUCACAUCCAUAUUCAGAGUACAAGCCGACGAUUGUGGAAGGCUUUGGGUCCUGGAUUCUGGACAGAUAGAAGUUACUAUCAAGCCAAAACAAGUCUGUCCACCAGCAAUUUAUGUUUUUGAUCUGAAAACGGACCAACUACUCUUCAAAUACGAAUUACCAGAAGAAUUCAUCAAACAGGACAGUCUAUACUCAAAUAUUGUUAUUGACAAUAAGGAUGGUGAUUGUUCCAAUACUCAUGCGUAUUUAACAGACGUGUGGAGGUUUGGCAUAGUCGUCUACAGUUUGAGGAAACAAAAAAGUUGGCGUAUUUUCGACCACCUCUUUUAUCCAGAUCCUCUAGCAGCUGCCUACAAGGUCCAUGAUCUAGAAUUCGAGUGGACAGAUGGUGUUUUCGGACUUGCUCUGUCACCGUGGAACAAAGAACAAAACGACAGGAUAAUGUAUUUCCACCCCAUGUCCAGUUUUAGAGAAUUCUACGUGAAAACUUCCGUGGUACGCAACGAGACUGGCUGGGAUAAGAUAAAGGACGCUUUCAGACCAAUGGGCCAAAGCAGAGGAAAAUCAGGUCAAGUAUCAGCCUCAGCAAUGGACAGAAACGGUGUAAUGAUCUACAAUUUGGUCACCAGGGAUGCCGUUGGAUGUUGGGACUCUAGGAAACCCUACAAAAGAAGCAACUUAGGUGUUAUCGCUCAAAGCACCGAAACUCUGGUCUUUCCUAACGACCUCAAGAUCGACAAAGAAGAGAACCAGAGCGUGUGGGUUAUAUCUAAUAGGUUGCCAUUUUAUUUAUAUCGGGGUUUGGAUGAGAACAAGAUCAACUUCAGGAUAAUGUCGGCGUUUAUAAAGGAUGCUGUGAAAGGUACGAUCUGUGAUCCAGAUCUAGCUCACCCCGAUUCUUUCGAACAUUUCUCUGGUGAUGAAGAUUGUUAUUGAAUUGUUACCGUUUUGUUGAGCAUAUUGUUAUUUUUUU